AUGUAUAGAACAAUAGCGAAGUGCGAACAGGGAAUAAUAUGUUUAAUCCUCCCAAACAGUAAAAGGCCACGUGCAUUUACGGGACAGAGAUCAGAGAGAUUGAUAAGAAGGACAAAAAACAGGUUGGAAUAUCAACGAGGAGAGACUGGCUUGUCAAUAACCACUUCUAAGAGCAAAAAAGUCCUUCUUAAACAGCUGGAAACCACCGACAGUGGAAACUAUAGGGUAGCUUUAACGGAAGUCAAAGCCCUAGGUGAAACCAAUUACGUAUUAGUCUGUUCUACUAAUAUUUUAGAAGAAGUUUUAAAGCAAUUGCAGCAAGUAGGAAUGAUGACGGAAACAUAUAACUAUCUCAUCACAAAUUUGGAUACGCAGACAGUAGAUCUGUCGCCGUUUCAGUAUGCAGGCACCAAUAUAACAGCGAUAAGAAUGUUGGAUCCUGACAGUAAAGAAGUCACACAAAUAACAGAAAACAUACAAAAAAUGAGUGCCCUGCCAUUUUCCGGUAUUCCAAUUCUUCUUCAAGCAUGGAAAACUAAACUAGAAACAGCACUUAUCAUUGACGCAGUGCAACUGUUCUACGAAACCAUCUAUGAUCUCACUAAGAAUAAAAAGAAAGUCAUCAGAGGUGUUUCUUUAUCCUGUAGCAACCAAAGUAACUGGAAUGAGGGAUAUACGAUUACAAAUCUAAUGAAAUCAGUUGGUAUUAUCUGCUUUUUAUUAUAG